CCCACGCACAGGAAGCCGUGGCGUUGUUCCAGAAAAGGAUCCGGUUUGUGUUUGCAAUACUCAGCGGAAACCAGCCAGGCAAUAACGGAAGUGCGUCGCCUGAAUCUGCAGGCGCUUGACGCAGAUCUCGUUUUUCAGGCUCCCUCAGCCCCUCCCGAGGCCGCCGCGCGCGUGAAAGCUGCGACCGGACGCCAAGGACGCGGGGGGCCACGGCGGUGACGCAGCAAUUAGCACUUUUGAUUGAUGCACGAGCUUUUAUAACACGGCACGCGUGUCCAUUGUCGCGCAUGUAAGCUCGGGCGUCUCCUUCUUCACCCUGAUAGACAUCAAUCAGCAUCGUUUUCGGGCGGAUCUCUCGGGUCCCCUCCCAGGAAAUUUGUCAUCCAAUCGGACCCGAUCGACAACUUGUGCGACGCUCAGUGGGCGAACACGUCUUUUUUUUUUUUCUCGUCGUCUUUUGUACCAGAGUCUCCAUCAUCAUGAACUACCUUCGUCGCCGACUCUCCGACAGCAAUUUCAUGUCCAACCUGCCCAACGGCUACAUGGGGGACCAGCAGCGCGCCGAGCCCCCGCCCCAGCAGCAGCAGCAGCAGCCGAGUCCCGCAGUGUCCCCGGGGCCGCCGGAGAGGCGCCAGCCCGGAAGCCAGCAGCAGUCCGCGGCCGGGGGCUCGGGCUUCUUCUCGUCCAUCUCCAACGCCGUCAAGCAGACCACGGCGGCCGCCGCCGCCACCCUGUCCGAGGCGGCAGACCGGGCGGGCGUCUCAAGCAGUGCUAAGAUCCUCCUGGUGCUCGACGACCAGCACACAGACUGGGCGAGAGUUUUCAGAGGGAGAAAGGUCCACGGUGGUGAAUAUGAUAUCAAGGUCGAGCAGGCCGAAUUUUCGGAAAUCAACCUGGUUGCCGACUCGUCAGGCACCUACACAGUCAGCGUCGACGCAAUUCGUAACGGCCAUAAGGUGACGAAAUCCUUCAAACCAGACUUUGUACUGAUCAGACAGCACGCCUUCAGCAUGGACAAGAAUGGAGACCACCGGAACUUAGUGAUCGGCCUGCAGUAUGCGGGACUGCCAAGCGUGAACUCUUUACACUCCGUCUACAAUUUCUGUGACAAACCAUGGGUGUUUGCACAGAUGUCAAGGCUACACAAACUGCUGGGCCCAGAGGAGUUCCCACUGAUUGAACAAGUUUAUUAUCCAAACCACAAGGAAAUGAUCACGUCCUCUCGGUUCCCUGUCGUGAUAAAGAUGGGCCACGCCCACUCAGGAAUGGGGAAGGUGAAAGUGGACAAUCAGUAUGACUUUCAAGAUAUUGCCAGUAUCGUUGCCCUGACCAAAACCUACGCCACAUCUGAGCCAUUUAUCGAUGCCAAGUACGACGUCCGCAUCCAGAAGAUUGGCGACAAUUACAAGGCCUACAUGCGAACCUCCAUUUCCGGCAAUUGGAAAACCAACACCGGCUCAUCGAUGCUGGAGCAAGUGGCCAUGUCAGACAAGUACAGGAUGUGGGUGGACACGUGCGCCAACAUCUUUGGAGGUUUGGAUAUCUGUGCUGUGGAGGCUCUUCACGGUAAAGACGGAAUGGACUACAUUAUCGAGGUAGACGACUGCUCCAUGCCACUGAUCGGGGACCAGCAGGACGAGGACCGGGUUCAGAUCGCAGAACUGGUGGUUUUGAAAAUGAACCAGACGAUUCCGCCUGCUUCGAGCUCCUCGACGGGCCGCAUCGCGGCAACGCAGAAAGCCGUGUCUCCUCAGCCUGUCUCCCAACCCAGAGUUCCUCAGUCUCAACAGCGACCCUCACCUCAGGGCGCCCCCCAGCAAGGUGCUGCAGCGCAGGCCCCGCAGCCUGCAGCGAGCCCCGCUUCGGCCGAUCCCUGUCCCCAGGCCAAGGUCAGCCAAGUGCCUGCGGGUCAGGGCUCUCCUCAGCGAAGCCAGGGAGGCUCCCCUCAAGCUCAGAGGCAACAGUCUAUCACCCAGCAGCAACAAAGACCUCCCACUGGGGCCACCGGUCAGAAACCUCAGCAACAGAGACCCGCACAGCCCCCCAGACAGCAGUCGCAAGGGGGGCAGCAGAAAAGCGCCGGCCAGCAGGGCCGCGCCGGGGCGCCCGCCACCCAGCAGCCGCGGCCGGCAGCCCAAGGCCAGGGAGGUCCGGGGGGACGCCCCCCGGUGCAGCAAAAGCCGCAGCCCCCACAGAAAGCCACCCGGGACAACUGAAGUUUUAGUCAGCUGCCGGGCCACUUGAAGCAACAACUUGGCUUCGGCUCGGAAAAACAACAACGCACAAAAAAAAAUGUCGGCAGAGGCAUUUAGCAAAAUAUUCAUAUAUGCUACGGAUUUAAACCCAUCUGCUCAAUUUCAAAGAAAUGUAAUAUAGGAAUAUGUGGUUAAGAAAUGAAUAUUAUGCACUUAAGACUCAGUAAUGGUUGCCUCUGUGUGAGCAGAGGAUUCCCCGACCCCCACCACAAAAAAAAAAAAACAAAAAAACAAGCCAAGGACUGUUUCAUAUCAUAUGGUUCAUCUGUAAAAUAAAAACACUUUCCUAAUGUGGGCUUGUCUGGCGUAAGGUCCAAUUUUGAAGUAGUUUAAGCAUGUGUGGUGAAAAUGUUGUGAUUCCUUGCCGUCUUCAGUCAGAAGUCCAAAUGUUCAUCUUGGCUGUAAGGGAACAAGAAACUCGUUCAUUUUCCAGGUAUGAAAAUGUCUUCCAGGGGGGAAUGAUUCCCGCUUGAAUAUGUAUGUAUUAUGGCAAUACUGUAUCGCGCUUUUUAGACAUAAAUGAGUCCUGGUCCCCUAGUAGAUUCCUCACGCUGUCCUCGUGUGUCGUCGUCUGGCAGAAGUGACCCCUCGUGCUCGUGCGCCGUCUGGUGCACCAACCUGAGAAUGUCCUGUAACUGCUCACAUGAAAUACAUAAUUGUGUUGUGCGGGGGUUGUCGCCUUUAUGCUUCUGCUGCUAUCCGUGCUUGUGGCGACCUCACUUUUGAAAGGAAUUCUUGAAUGAAUACUGUGCAGUUGCAGUGUCUGAAUGAGUCCAAAUUUUUAUAAAUUAUUAUUUCAAGAGGCAAUAUGGUGCUUGUGAGUUUAUGCGUUGGCUUGUGAUUCAACUAGUCGGAACUUUGCUGUGAGCCUCCCGUGUGCAUGCCAGAAUAUCGUUAGAAUUAUUUUUUUUUUAGGACAAUACGUGAGGUGUUUUUAGUAUGACAGGUAAAUGUAACUGUCAUGUAUUGUUUUAUAAAAUGCCCAAAUCUGUUGACACAGCAAUGAUUUUAUUUUUUUGGAUCAGAUUUCAUUGACUGUGGUUAUAUUUGUCUGUGAAUGUAACUAAUUUGAUUUAUUUCUCCUUUUUAUUUUUAUUUUAAAUCAUUGUGGAUAGAUAAAAUCCUUGGUCAUUUGAGUGGAAAGUGGAAAUGAUUGUCGCUCGAUGCCUGCCACAAAAUAAUAAUAAUAAUGUAAAUGGGGAAAAAAAUCUAAUGCCAACGUGCUGGCUCAUAAAAAAUGAAGAGAUUAUGUAAAUCAUGGUGGAUUAUAAAAGUAUAUGUAAAUUGAUGUUAUAUGCAAUGUUUGUAUUAUAUGAUGUGCAAAUGAAUGUGAUUGAAAUAUGCACA